UUUAACCGGCAAAUUCAAUUUCCAAAAUUUACAAAAUAAACGUCUGAAAGGCAUCCAGAUCUGCUAUGGUUCUCUGAUUGUUUUAUUUACAUUUCAUUUAAUGGAAUUUAUUUCAUUCAACGUUUGUCCGUGAAAAGAAGGAAACAGUUAACAUUUUUAUUUUAAAUUGUAUGGUGUUGCCUCAGAAUACAUAAUGGAUCUUAGCAAGAAAGAUACAUUAAUCCAGUGGCUGAACAAAUUAAACCCUCACCUUGUCAUAGAAUCACUCUAUGAUUUGAGAGAAGGGGAGCAGUUUGUUGCUUUAUUGAACAAGAUAAAAGACCAUUCUUAUGAUGCGAACACAAAGAAAGAACGUUUUGAAAUUAUACAAAAGUUUAUUGAGGAUAACUAUCAUCAUAGUCUUAUUGAACAAGUCAAUUUGGACAGAGAUAAUGAACUGGAUCUUGCCAAGAUUGCUGUACUUAUAUUGGCAGUUGGGGUGGAAGGGGAAACCCGGGAAGUCUUCAUGAAUGCAGCUCUCUCAUUGAAUGAGCGGUCACAGUUAGAGAUAAUGGGCAUCUUGAAAGAAAUUUUGAAUGUUGUUUCAUCUGAUCUUCAUGUUGUUUCAUCUGAUCUUCAUUUAGAUAAUAUCCUAAUAAAUAAAUCUUUGGAAGCCUAUGAUUUAGAGAAUUCUUCUGAAAAUAGUUUUCAAGAGAAUAAGUCUUCUGAAAAAUCUCCAUCAGCUUCUUUUGUAGAAGAGCUGCCCACUGACAAGCCUCCAAAUACCAAUUCCCUGAAUGACAUCCUCUCACCAUUCCAGAGGAUAAAUGUGAAUUAUUCAACACCCUCAACACCACUUCACACAUUAAUUACAUCAUCAGGCUUCAAUGGAAGGAUUAUACAGAGAGAACGCAAUUUACGGAAAAAAACUGAGGAAGAAAUUGAUAAGAAAAAUAUCCUUCUCCGGAAACUGGGCAGUGAUUUGAAUACUGAACGACAUCUUCGGUCUGAAAUAGAAUAUGAUCUUGAAGAGAAGAACAAAACUAUAUCUUUGAAAGAUGACAAGAUUCGAGAACUGAACAACCAAAUUCGAGAUUUGAAGAAGUUGCAAGACCAGUUGGAUGAAUAUGACAACAUUAAGAAUCAAUACGACCAAUUAGUUGCUGAUGCUGAUAAGGUGAAAAGUCAGCAUGAUGAACUUAAAUUAUUAAAAUUGGAAAACACUUCAUUAAAGAAUGAAAAUGCUGAAGUGUAUGAAGAACUGAAGAAACUGAAGGAAGUAAAAUCACAACUGAAGGUGGCUCAGUUAGACCAAGUUAAGAACUUGAAGGAGCUACAAUUAGAACAGAGGAAAAGUUCUAAUCUCCAAUUGCACUUGGAUCACAAGCAGAAAAUCUUGGAUGAGACAAUUCAGAGCAAGAAUUUUACAGAAGACAAUUUGGCAAAACUGAGAGAAAUGUACGAAGUAUUGAAGAGAGAUCAUGAAGAAACACUUGCAUUUCAGUCAGAAAAUCAACCAGCUGGAGAAAAUAUGAGUGUUGUAACAGACUAUUUAAUGACUGAAUUGAAGACAGAACUGGACGAUAUCAAGACAACAUGGAUUGCUCCAGAUAUUCAUGAGCAGUUAAAAAUUGAUCUCUCGAAACUCACAUCUGAACGAGCCAUCUUAGAAUCCAAAUUAUUGAAAUUACAUGAAGAAUCUCUAAAUCUGAACUCCAACAAUGACAUACUGAAGAAUCAGAUUGAAAAGCUAAAAAUUGAACAGGAUAAUGAUCAGCGCCACAUUUUGGAUAAACAGCAUACAAUUGAAAAACUGAAGGAAGAGCUUGAAUGUUUUUCUGCAAAGGAAUCUAAUUGGCAACAGGCUGAAACAAAAUACAAAUCAGAACUACAACAACAGCAAGCAAAGGUAGCUCAGAUACAACAAGAGCUUUCUACUGUAAGCACUGAACUGAAAUUAACAAAUAUGCAAGUUGAAUCUGAUACAAAGAGCAAUGAAAACAGGCGCCAGACACUGAUUAUGUCUAUGGAUUCUUUGAAAUGUGAGAAAAAAUCUCUACAACAGAAAUUUCUCUCUGAAAAGGCUGCACUGGAAGAAGAGAUAAAAAAUCUUUCUACUCAACUGGAAUCGGCAAAAGAAGAAUUUUCUGCUGAACAGCAAAAGUUGAUGUCAGAUAAUGAAAAUAGUUUGCUUGAAAAGCAGGAGCUGGAACGUCAACUUGGUGUUGAACAAAGGCUCCGUGAGAGUGCUGAGAAAAUAUUGGUCUCUCAACGGGAGGAAGCUGCAAAAGAGCUUGCUGAUAAUGUUGAUAUUUUAAAGACUGAUAUUAAGAAAUAUGAACAAGAAGUAAAUAGCUUACAGUGUACAAUCCGUGAGAAGACAAAAGAGUUUGAUUCUCAGAUUGAAUCACAUAAAACAAUAAAAUUUGAAUUAGAGCGCAAAAUCACAAAAUUAGAAUCCCAUGUGAGCACAAGCAAUCAAGAGAAUAUCACACUUCAAACAGAAUUAAAAGCUAUGGAAGAAACAAUACUGGGACUAAAACAAACUACAGUGAAGCUGAAUGAUAAACUUAGCAAAAGUGAUCAUGAGAAGACACAGCUACAUGAAAAAAUACAAGAUGUCGAAAAUAAACUUGCUGAAGCUAUUAGUGAAUCUCAGCAUUGGAUGAAAAAGAACAGCACAGAAAAGGAGGACUUUGAAGCCAAACUAAACACUUUGUUACAAGAGAACAGUGAGAUUUUAGAAACGAGUAAAGUUGUCCAGGAGAAGUUGUCAGAGCAGUUGCGGUUGUCAUCAGAAGAGAAUUCUCUAUUGAAUAAUAAACUUCAAGAAUUAAUGGAUCAAACUGAGGAUAUGAAAACUGAUAUAAAAGAGAGAUCGGAUGAAAAUGAGUCUCUUCAGGACCAGUUAAGCCAACUCCAAAAUCUGUAUAAAGACUUACAAGAACAAAAUGACAUUCUAAAUAACAACUGUACCAAAACUCAGAGUCAGUUAACUUUAAAAGAGACUGAAUGUAUUGAAUUUGAAAAGAAACUCACCAACAUACAGGCAGAGAAACUAAAAAUGGAAGAAAAACACUCGAGUGAAUUGGGAAGUACUCGGCAAGCUUUGUCUCAAGAGAUUAUCAAUUUGAAUCAACAAAUUGAAAAGAAACACCUGCUGUUGGAGGAAUCAAAAUCUUCUUUACAUAACUUUUCUGAGAAAAUUUUCCAUGCCAUUAAGCCCAAUGUUUUGACAGAAGAUCUAGAAUUACCCACUGAUCUUAAUGAUGUGAUCAGCUUCUUGCAUCAGAAAGUGUAUCAGUGUGUUGAGGAAACUUCGAAUGAGCGUGAAUGUUUACAGAAUCAGCUUAGUUCUCAGUCAGUAAAUCUUGAGGAAAUGAAGCAGAACUUUGAUAGUCAGUUAAAAGUUCAUGAGGAAUCUUAUGCAACUUUGGAAAAUCAAUUUAAAAACAAUGUCUGUGAACACAGAGAAUUGCAAGAUAAACUAGCUAAACAAGAAAAAGCACUUGAAGAGCAUAUAAUUGUCAAGCAGUCAUUGGAAGAAGCCAAAACUGCCUUAGAAAAUCAACUCUUAGAUAAAGAACAAUAUUUUAAAACAGAGCUUGACUGUAUCAGGGCAAAACAUGAAACUAUAGAAUCACAGUUGGAAGAAAAUACAUCCAUUAAGAAGGAUCUAACAGAACAGAUUGAGGAACUUACAAGAGAAAAACAGAACAUUUUAGAAAAGUUGGAACAAGAAACUGCAAAUUCCAAAGAGAUUGCAACUGGUUUAAAAUCUGAACUAGAAACUGUGAAACAAAGUGCCAUUGAACAAGAAAGUAAAUUUAAGGGUGAUUUUGAAGAACUAACCAAACAUUAUACAUUACUGAUGGAGGAGAAACAUAUGGAGUCCCUUAAAGAAGUGGAACAAGUCAAUGUACAACUUUGUGACAAGGACAAGAGAAUCUGUGAAUUAUCAGAUGUCUUAACAGGGAAAUCUUCACUUAUUGAGGAAUAUCUAAAUUCAAAUAAUGAACUGACACAAAUUGUUACCAGCUUGAAAGAGAACGUUUCUGAGAAAGAAACUGAGACUAAUUUACUGAAAAAGGAGUUAGAAGAAAAAUCAGGCACCAUCAGUGAGAAAGAUGCUAAACUUGAUGAACUUACUUCUCUUGUUGGAGAGAUGCAACAGAAGGUCUCAGAAAUCUCUCAGAAACACGUUUCUGAAAUUGGAAAAUUGCAAGAAAAUCUCAAAGUGGAAUAUGAUGAAAGAAUCUCUUCUAUUACAAGUGAAUAUGAGAAUAAGAUAACCAGCGAUUAUGUGUGUAAGUCUUUGAUGGAAAUAAAAGAAAAAGAACAUUCAAAGGAAUUGGAAACUGCUAAAGAAACACUACAUCAUGAAUACAACCAGAAGAGUUACUGCCUUAUUGAAGAAUAUGAAAAGAAAUUAAAAUCUGUCUCGGAGGACUUUGAGAAAAAAUUAUCCUCUGAUUAUGUUGCAGUUGGUGAGAUUAAUGAACAAAAUAAAAAACAUAUCCAAGAAGUUAUACAAAUAAAAGAAAAACUUGAAGAAUAUGAAGGGAAAAUAAAAUUCCAGGAUGAAGAACAUAAAGAAGCUUUGCAAAAAGUAAUGGUAGAAUUUCAGGAAAAUAUCUCCAAAAAUUAUAUCUCAAACGAAGUGUUUGAAGCUAAGCUAAAAGAUGAGACCAUAAAGUAUACAGAACUUGAACAGAAAUAUGUUGAAGAAGAAGAGAAAUUACAGAUAGUAUUGAAAGAACAUGAGGAAAAAUUAGCUCAAGUUACUUUGAAUUAUGAAGAGAAAAUAGCUACUGACUUUGUACCUCAACAAACAUUUGAAUGUGAACAAGAAAAGCAUGUUACAGCCCUUCUAGAACAACAAACUUUAUAUCAAGAGAAGCUUGAGUCACUUAAUGAAACACACAAGAUUUCCAUUGAUAAAAAAGCGGUUGAAUUUGAAGAUAAUAUUGCAACUAAUUAUGUGGUGAGAUCUGAUUUUGAAGAUGUCCAAGCUAGGCUAAGUCAGAAGGAAAAAGAGUUCUCUAAACAACGAGCUGAAUAUGAUUUAGUUGUUGCUGCUUGUGACAAAGUCAAUGAACAGUAUGAGACAUCAGUAAAGACAUAUGAGAAAAAGGUCACAGAAAUGUGUAAGAAAAUUGAAAGCCGAAACAAGCAAAUUGAAUGUCUUCAGGAACAAAUUGCAGAGAUGACAGUAAAAGCUGAACGGGAAUACAAUGAAAUGAAGAGAGAGCAGAGCCAAAAUCUGAGUGAUAAAGAUGAAGAAAUGAAAACUUACAAACAAGAAAUGGUGAAAAUACAAAGUGCUUAUGAAGAUGAGAUUACCAAGUGUAAAUCACUGGAGGAACAGAUAAACAACUUGAAAGAUUCCCAUUCUGAAGAAUUGACUUUAUCACAAACCAAGUGGGAGAAACUUAAUGAGACUCAGUGUGCUAACUUAAGCAACUAUGAGAAAAUUGUGACUGAGAAAGAACAUCAGGUUGCAGGCAUUAAACAGCAACUGUUGACUGAAAAGGAAGCCAACGCUGAGCUUGAAAAACAUCUUGCUUCAAGCAAGGAAAACCAUCGAGAAGAGAUUAAGAACCUAAAUAGCAUCAUAAAUGAAGCAAGAGAAGAGUACCAGCAGCUGAAAAAGAAGAUCAGCAGCACUGAAGUUUUUUUCCAUAGCAGAGAACAAAAGUUAAUCACAGAUCACACCAAGACUUUGUCCAAGGCUGAAGAAAUGAAUACUUCUUUGGCCAGUCGCUUACAGAUUUCCCACAAAGAGUUAGCGAUAUUUAAAAAGAAGCAUGAAAAUAUAUCUGCUGAGGUGGAAAAUAUCAAAGAAGAACUCAAGACAACCAAACUAGAGAAGCAGGCUGUUGUUACUAAAUUACAAGACUAUGAAGUGUUUUAUCUACAGAAAGAAGAGGAAUUCUCUGACGUAAAACACAAACUUGAAAUGGAAGUAACAAAGCUCAAUGAGAAAUAUUCAGAGUCUCGGUUUGAAACUGAGAACCUUGAGAAAUUAAUAAAACACUACAAGACACACGAACAUAACCUCCUUGCCAAGGUGAAUGAGCGUGAUGCUGAAGAAAAGAAGAAUAAUGAACGAUUGAUGAAGAAAGUGAUGGAGUUAGAGAAAGAGAAAUACUCAUUCUCGGAGAUACUGAAGAAAGAGCAGACUAAAUUCCAAGAAACUUAUAAAGAAUGUAAAGAUAUGAAGAGAAAAAUUGUGAUAUUAAAUGAACAGCUUGAGAAGGCAGAAAUGGCAUUGUUUAACACUUCUCAAUCACCAAACUGGGCCAAUGACUCUUUGGAAUGUGCCUCAAGCACAUUAAAUAAAGUUCCUUAUGAUCUGAGGUCCAGAAGCAGUAACAAGAUGAAAGAUUAUAACUUAUCACCAAUAAGUGUGUAUAGUACUUCAAGCAUAAAGUCAUUUGCUUCUAAUGCCUCUACUUCAUCAAGGACACCAGUACCUUCUGGCUGUGGCAAAAUGUUUGCAUGUGAGGAUGAACCUAACACUUAUGAUUGGAGUCGGCUCACUGAAAUUAAGCGACGAAACACUAUGGUCCCUGCUCACCUUCGUUCAACAUAUCCUGCUGAGCUGCAGAACAUUCCAAGUCCAUUUAAAGCUGACAUCACUCUGCCAAAAUCUGCAAGCAAACGCAAGCGGAAGAGUCCUGUCAGUUCUCAGAAAAGACAUGUUAAAAGUGGAGGUCAAAAUAAUUUACAGCAAGCGAGAAUUAAAAAAAUCAACGAUGAAAACACACCUCGUUCUGAUAAACGAUUACGAAUAAAGUCACCCAUUGGGCAGAAGGAGUAUACUGGCCGACCAAGCAUGGCAUUUGAUAUAAGCAACACACCCAAAUUAGCUCGUCGCAGACAGAAAGGGCGGUCUACAAUUUUACACGAAGCUCAGCCUGAGAGAAAACCCUUGAGAACAAGAAAUUUCACACAAACAAGUCUUUGAAUUUAGUAUCUUUGAGUGUAAUUGUUAAUGUAACUUGGGCCAUGCUUGUGUAAUCUGAAUCUGAAGUCUACCAGGGAAAUAUUAACACUGAUGAAUGAGUGAAAGUUAAAAAACGUUUGUUUUUUUUUAUUUUUGUCCCUGAAUAUUUAUUUAUCCAAAUCUCUACCCUCUUUCACUAUUUUUAUUUUGUUUUAUAUUUUAUUUUAUUUUAUAUUUUAAUAUAUAUAUAUAUAUAUAUUCUUUUACUUGAAGGUCUUUUUUAAAUAUCAUAAUUUGUUUCUAAACGUUUUUAAUCGCAAAUAAACUCAAUUUGAAUUUGGCUGUCUCUGAACUUCCUUUGAGUAAAUGGUCCUUUCUAUGUGAACCAACCAGAUACUUACUAGCAAAAGGGUAGAAAGCAAUAAGAACAUACAUAAAAAUAUAAAUUGUCAAGUACAUAAAUUCUUAAUUUUGGACCAACAAAAAUGCAUAUUUUCUAGUGCAUAACUUUCUCUUAAAAAAGAUUCAACAAAAAUUUACUCUAGAAAGCAUUUUACAUUAGCCCGCCCGCAUAGCUCAGUCAGUAGAUGAUGAAUUAACAUUUUUUUUUACAUUCAUCUCUCAAACUGGCAGAUUUUGUUUUCCACUUAUCCCUCUUUGAAAUAACUAAAGCUUGCUGAUGUUUCUAGCCAAGAGGUUGAGAAGUUGGGUAUUAUGUACAAUAAACCAGUGUGUGCUUGUGUUGUGUGUCAAACUUCA